AAAGCAAGAAAAUUUGCAUUUUGGAAGACACACAUUGAUCACUUGAUAUUACUUCAGAAGGAAACCAAGCUGAAGAUUUUAAUUUACAGCCCACAGGUGACAUAGCUUCCUGGUCGUUAUGGCAACUCUGCAGGAAAAGUUAAUGCAAAAGGUUGGCGAGGAGGGAACACGAUCCCAUACGAAAGUGACUAUUGUAGGCGUAGGACAAGUAGGGAUGGCAUGUGCUUACAGCAUUAUGCAGCAGGGUAUUUGCCGUGAAAUUGCACUGAUUGACAUGAUCGAGGACAAGUUGAAAGGAGAAAUGCUGGACUUACAGCAUUGUCAGCGCUUUGUCAAGAACGUUAGCAUCAAGGCGAGCACUGACUAUUCCGUUAGCAAGAAUUCCAACUUGUGCAUUGUGACCGCGGGCUCUCGCCAGAAAGAGGGUGAAAGUAGAAGGGACCUGGUGCAGAGAAAUGUAAACAUUUUCAAAGGAAUUAUUCCACAACUGGUGAAACACAGUCCAAAUACAAUUCUGAUGAUUGUUUCUAACCCAGUGGACAUUCUAACCUAUGUGGCAUGGAAAAUCAGCGGUCUUCCCCAUGAGCACGUGAUAGGAAGUGGAACGAACCUGGACACAGCUCGGUUUCAUUUUCUGAUCAGUGAGAAACUCAACAUCGCACCAAACAAUGUGCAUGGCUGGAUCAUUGGCGAGCAUGGUGACGCUAGUGUGCCCGUAUGGAGUGGUGUCAACAUAGCAGGAGUGAACCUCAAGGAUCUUAACCCAGAGAUAGGGGCUGAAAAUGAUCCUGAAAAUUGGGGUGAGGUAUACAAGAAGGUUGUUAACAGCGCCUAUGAGAUGAUCAAACUGAAAGGUUACACAUCCUGGGCCAUCGGAAUGAGUGUCGCCACCAUGACCCAGGCGUUGCUUAGAAACCAGAAGAACGUCUAUGCUAUAUCUACCCUUGCCAAGGGUUUUCACGGAAUUGAAGAAGACGUAUUUCUCAGUCUUCCCUGCGUGCUUGGUUCCCAUGGCGUCAUGUACGUCAUCAGACAGACAUUAGAUGAAAGCGAGGCUAAACAACUGCAGCACUGCGCACGAACCAUGCACGAGAUUCAGGAGUCUCUUGAGUUUUAAGCGUAGAGCGGAAGUUAACGAUGUCUUGAUGGCAAGUUCCAUUUAGAAGGUGACAGAGUCGUUGUGUGUGUAUCACAACUGUGUUAUCCAAAGACAAAAAUAGUUUACAGUGCGACUACUCGAACCGGGCCACUUGGAAAAGAGUUAACCAAUCAGAACGUCACUUGAGAAUAAAGGAAAGCGAUCUUUUUCUCAAAUAAACCAAUAACUUUGAAGAGUACGAACAUUGGUUCUUAACAAAAUUGAAAACCCAACGAAGUACGAAGUGUUGCCAACCUCUCAGGAAAUUUGUUGAUUGGCUAGUUUUGAUCCUAAAGUUUGUCCGCCUUUCAACGGUUUCGGUUUAGUUGCCGAAAAAUGAGUUAUCAAGCUAAGUUUUUCGAGCGAAAUUUAUAAGGACUGAAUCUCUGAGAGUGUAUAUGACGCAGAGGAGUCGAUAGUACUUAUGUAUUCAUGUCAAACAGACCGUUAUUACUUGUCGACACGAAAAGGGUACCACGGAUCUCAGUUUACGUUUGGUUAGUUUCCCUCCAGGUGGACCGGUUCGAGAAGUCUCACUGUAAAACCGCUCAAGUUGUUUCCGAUCCUCAGGUGUUUAUAGCUAAGAUUAUGUUAAGUUAAAAAAACUGUAACAAAGUAGUCAGUUGCAACUAUGGCAAUAAACACGAGUUAUAAAAGUA